CUACAACACUUCUCACAACUGCUUUUACACAACAUUUUCACAACAAGCGCAUCUUCCUUUUCCAGAGAGAGGGAGAGAGAGAGAGAAAUGGAGAAUCUAUGGCGAGCAGCAACAGGCCAAGAACCAAACCCAGAAGACUAUUCAGGAAUCGAAUUCUGGUCAAACCCAGAACGCUCCGGUUGGUUAACAAAACAAGGAGAUUACAUCAAAACAUGGCGUCGUCGUUGGUUUGUUCUAAAACAAGGUAAACUUUUCUGGUUCAAAGAUCCAUCUUCCGCCGCCUCUUCUUCCUCCGUCCCUCGUGGUGUUAUCAGCGUUUCAACUUGUCUUACUGUUAAAGGUGCUGAAGAUCUUCUUCAUAAAGCUUCUGCUUUUGAAUUGUCGACUCCUCACUCUACUAUGUUCUUCAUUGCUGAUAAUGAUAAAGAUAAAGAAGAUUGGAUUAAUUCUAUUGGUCGUGCUAUUGUUCUUGGUUCUAGAUCUCAUGCUGCUUCUGAGGUUAUUGAUUAUCAUCAAUCUCAAUCUCAAUCUGCUGCUACUUGAUCAGUUUUGUAUAUUAUAGUUCUGAAUCUUAAUAAUUAACCAAGUUGUAUAAGUAUUAUGUAUUUUAAUCUUAAUUUUUGUUUUUAUCAAUAAAUUUUGUUGCUUUUUUUA